CACCAUUACAAUGGACGUCCAAAGCAAACAUCUUUUGAAUUCUCCAGAUACCCUUGUGGUCGAUUCUCUAAAGGGCUUGUGUGACCUGAGCCCACAGCUUGCGCUUGAUGUCGACAAUAAGAUUGUCUAUCUGAAAGACCGCGAUCGUGCCAAGGUCGCCCUCGUGUGCGGCGGGGGAUCAGGCCACGAGCCUGCACACUCUGGCUUUGUCGGCGAGGGGAUGCUCACUGCUGCUGUCUGCGGGAGCAUCUUUGCGUCACCCAAUGCCUCCCAAGUCCGUCGAGGGAUUGACCUGGUCGACAAUGAACAGGGAACCGUGAUCAUUGUCAAAAACUAUACAGGAGAUAUCCUCAACUUUGGGCUCGCGAAAGAGCAGUACGCAGCCAGUCACCCGGACAAGUCUGACAAGGUUCGCUUUGUCAUUGUGGGGGACGAUGUUGCAGUUGGCAAGACGCAAGGAAAGAUCGUUGGACGGAGAGGAUUAGCAGGCACAGUGUUAGUUUACAAGAUCGCAGGUGCCUUGGCUCAGAAAGGUGCCAGCCUCGAUGAGGUUCAUCAAUUGGCUGAAUGGGUCGCCUCCAAUGUCGUGACCAUUGGCGCAAGUCUAGGACAUGUCCACGUUCCGGGGACCGCUCCAUUGAAAUCAAACCUUGCGGGCACAGAACUUGAGAUUGGCAUGGGCAUUCACAACGAGGCUGGGAAUAGCAAAGAAUCCCCGCUUCCACCGCUUUCAAGCCUGAUCGGCAAACUGCUCGACUUUCUCACAUCAAACAAGGACCCAGAACGAUCCUUCUUGGAGUUCAAGAAGGGGGACAAUGUUGUCGUACUGGUUAACAACCUCGGUGGGAUCAGUGAACUCGAGCUUACGGGAAUAGUCGCGGAGACUCGAAAGCAAUUGGUCAACAGGGGCUAUGCGAUUGCAAGGAUCCUGUCCGGGACGUUCAUGACAAGCUUGAAUAUGCCUGGUUUCUCUUUGACACUGUUGUUACUUCCCAGAAGUGACGUUCACUCGCCUUCAGCAGAGAAGGUUCUGUCCCUGUUGGACUCAAAGCCUAACGUCCCGGGAUGGCGUUGGUCUUCGGGAACUGCCCCUGCUCCACCGACUUCACAAGAAGUCAAAGGCGUAGAAGCUGUCGUAUCUUAUGACCAUGUCGUCCAGUUCAGAGCGGCGGACCCGAAUGCAUUUGUCUCAGGCAUCCGCAAUGCAGUGCAGAGUUUGAUAUCCGCCGAACCCGAGAUCACAAGGAUGGAUUCCAUUGCAGGUGAUGGUGAUUGUGGUCUUACGUUGAAGGCGGGCGCUCAGGCCGUCCUCAAGAAGAUUGACGAUGGUAUUAUCAAUGGAAACAACAUCGUCUCCUCCCUUAUCGCUAUCGCUCAGGUGUCAGAGGAAGUAAUGGGCGGAACUAGUGGGGCGCUCUACUCGAUCUUCUUCUCCGGCCUCGCACAAAGUUUCCAGUCCCAAUCUAUUCCUUCGGGGUCCACUGUCACUCACUAUCAAUGGAAAACCGCGCUUUCCCAAGCCUUGGACAAACUGUACAGCUAUACCCGCGCUCGACCUCCUUCACGAACGCUGGUCGACCCUCUGGCAGCGUUUAUCAACGCACUCCGAGAUGGAACAAAGUCAAGCUCUGACAAUCAUGUUUUCUCGGAGGCUGUGGCUCAGGCGGCACAGGCGGCAGAAGGGACGAAGGAUCUAGAGGCUAAAGCUGGACGCAGCGCGUAUGUUGAAGGUGAAACACUCAGGGAAAAGCAAGUCCCGGAUCCGGGUGCAUGGGGUGUAAAACUCAUCCUCGAGAACCUGGGUUUGUAACAUAUCCAUUCUUAUGCUCCUCCUUGUGUUUUCUCCUCGCAAAUACCUUCGUCAGGUUCCUUUCGGAGCACGACCAGCCAUCUUCACUUCCGCUUUCGUUUUUUUCCAUUUGACGUGCAUUCCACGCGGUUCUGUUCUAGUUCUGUUCCUGUUGAACUCGGAAUAAACUUCCCCCUUCGUUU